GAAAUUCCUCCUUAUAUCUAGUCUAAAUCUGCCCCUCUCCAGUUCAUACCCAUUGCCCCCCGUCCUAUCACUAAAUGCCUUUUUAUAAAGUCCCUCCCCAGCUUUUUUAUAGCCUCUUCUGGUAGUGGAAGGUCGCUAUAAGUUCUCCAGGUAACGUAUAAUCUGUGCUGCAGGCAAGAUCCAGAAAAGCACACAUCCUGGGGCAAAGAUUUCAGCAUAAACGCGGUACACUCUCAAUACGAUUAUUUCUAACUAGGUUUUCCCUUCUUUUCCUCUUUCUUUCCACCCAUACUUCAUUUCUGUUUCUUGUUGUCCUGCAUGUUUUCUUGUACAUUUUCCCUAAAGCAGAACAUGAGAAUCGUAUCAUGAUUGGAAGGACAUUCUGGGUGACUCAAGUGCAUUUCUGUGCGAGCAAGAAGAGUCCAAUUCUUGCUAAGACCCAAAAGAGAGAGAAAUGAAAAUUCAAAUUGUACUGCCUUUUCCCCAAGGGUUGGUGUGCUCUUUUUGUUACAUAAAGAGAGUUGGAGCAAUUCUGCUAACCGAUUUCCGUAUAUUUCUAAUAAGGGGAAAAUCUAGCAUAGCAAGUCGCCUGAUUCUCUAGUUAAAUGUAUCGCUAACAAAGCAAACAGAUAUCGCGGCAGCGUGAAUCAACAGCCAUACUGCUUCACGUUGAAUUCAUCUGGCACCACAUGCUCUUAAACCAAGGAUUUAAGUUCAAAGAAUGACUGCAGCAUCUGAAUUAAAAUACAGUCUCGACGUUAUGUGUAACCACUUGGCCAAUAGCCCGCCUUGGGAACAUCUGCAGUAGCGGCUUCAAAGGGAUGGACUGAUGCUCCCACACAUCUGGCGGCAGCUGAGAGCCAUCUCGCAGCACGCUUGCACCCCACAGGCAAACCCUUCUGCUCACAGGGAUGUUACAGUGCUUGGAGCACAGCUAGGAGUCAAACGCAGGAGCAGAAAGAGGAACAAAGCAACUGGACUUUUUCUUCUCACACCAUCAGUUUUAGGCUCCAGGUGUACAAAUGGGAGGCUCCUAGCGGCGUUUCCCCCCCACGUUCGGGGCGGGCAGGAAGGGGGGAGGUGGUCCAGCCGCACAAUGACAGAUUAUGCAAAUCCUCUCCGGAGCAUCUAAUCGAUCCCGGCGGUGGCAGAGGAACGCGCCUCGUCUCCGAAUUAGCCUCGUUCGCCGCGUCCUGGCGUGAAGCAUCAUUCAUCCCCCCCCCAACCCCCGCGGCUGGAAUGACAUCAGAGCAUCCCCGAGCCCUUGAAAGUCUGGGGGCUGAUUAGCCGGAGAAAUCGUCCUCUUCUGCCAAUCCCCACCCCGCAAAGCCGCCUCGGCGCUGGUGUGGAGAGGAGGGAGCGGCAGGCGGACGGUAUCGGGGUGAUUCAAUAGUUCCCGCAGCCUUGUGGCCGCAGCCCCGCUGCCAUCCCCGCGUCCAUCCAAGGAGGGAGCCGCCUUUGUAACCGUGUGCUGAACGGAGGUUGGAAUCCUUCCAGCCGGCUGCUCGCUUGGAAAAGGACGGUCUGUGUAUCAAUGAGAUGUGACGGUGGAGUGCAGUCAGCGGGGCUGGAGCAAGAGGAGCCUUCCCGGGAUGCCGCUCAGGCAGCUGUUAUCCAUCGAAAACUCUCCUUAGUUUACCCGGAGCCGCGUGAAGAGAUUUGGAUAGCAGAUGCCCGUCUCUCCUGCACGCUAGGAAGAGAAAUUCUCCUCUAGAUAAUGUUAAGAGUGCUCUUCCUUGGUUAUUGGCAGCUGUUGUAUUCUGAGAAAAUAUCUUUCAAUUUAGCUUUCCAGAUCCUUUGACUUCCCACUCCAACAGCUUUAUACCCUCCCCGACAGCUUCAUAAAUGCACUGCAAUGGUCACAUGAACAUCUUGGGAGGGGAAUCAGCACCUCUGCAUCUCCUCGCUCCUAUGGCACUUUAGGAAGAGAGAACCAAAAAAGCAGCAAGUCCAACAGAUGUUGGAAGUCCUGUGAAAGAUGAAUCUAAUUGUGAAGCUCCGCAGAAGUUUCAGGACACUGGUCAUUCUCCUGGCAACCUUUUGCUUGGCAAGUAUCAUCAUUUCUGCCUAUUACCUCUACACCGGCUACAAGCAGGAAAUGGCCCUUGUGGAAACCACCGGAGAAGCGGAGUGUGAGGACGUCAAGCUUCUACCAUACAGGUCUGUGGAGCUGAAAACAGCUAAGCCAAUUGAUCCAUCUAAAACUGAUCCCACUGUCCUCCUGUUUGUGGAAAGCCAGUACUCCCAGCUGGGGCAAGACAUCAUAGCCAUCCUUGAGUCCAGCAGAUUUCAGUACCACAUGGUCAUUGCGCCAGCUAAGGGGGAUAUUCCUCCUCUCACAGACAAUGGAAGAGGAAAAUACACAAUUGUUAUAUAUGAGAAUAUUUUAAAGUAUGUAUCCAUGGACUCGUGGAAUAGAGAGCUUCUGGAAAAAUACUGUGUGGAAUACAGUGUUAGCAUAAUUGGUUUUCAUAAAGCCAACGAGAACAGCUCCCCUACUACCAAACUGAAAGGAUUGCCGUUACAUCUUUACAAUAACGUAGCCCUCAAAGACUGUGUGGUAAACCCUCAGUCUCCCCUGCUGCGCAUUACCAAAGCGCCAAUGAUUGAGAAUGGCCCUCUGCCCGGCGAAGACUGGACAGUUUUCCUGUUUAACCAUUCCACCUACCAACCUGUGCUUUUAACGGAACUGCAGACCUCCCGACCACCCCCUACGGCAUUGCCAAAGGCUGCUCUGUAUGCAACCGUCAUCCAAGACCUGGGGCUUCACGAUGGGAUUCAAAGAGUCCUUUUUGGAAACAACCUGACCUUCUGGUUGCACAAACUGAUCUUUAUCGACGCCAUCUCUUUCCUGUCGGGAAUGAAGCUAACUCUGUCCUUGGAUAGGUACAUUCUGGUUGACAUAGAUGACAUCUUUGUUGGGAAGGAGGGAACAAGGAUGAACAUCAAUGAUGUGAAGGCUUUACUAGAGACUCAAAAUUUACUGCGCACUCAGGUUGCAAAUUUUACCUUCAACCUUGGAUUUUCAGGAAAAUUUUACCACACAGGGACUGAGGAAGAGGAUGAAGGUGAUGACUUGCUGUUGAGAUCCGUAGAUGAGUUUUGGUGGUUUCCCCAUAUGUGGAGUCACAUGCAGCCUCACCUCUUCCACAAUGAGUCCUCACUGGUGGAACAGAUGAUCCUCAACAAAGAAUUUGCAAUAGAGCAUGGCAUACCGACUGACAUGGGGUACGCAGUAGCACCACACCACUCCGGGGUUUACCCGGUUCACAUCCAGCUGUACGAGGCCUGGAAGAAGGUCUGGCACAUCCGAGUGACCAGCACAGAAGAAUACCCACACUUGAAGCCUGCACGGUACAGACGGGGCUUCAUCCACAAUGGCAUCAUGGUCCUCCCUCGACAGACCUGUGGCCUUUUCACUCAUACCAUUUUUCACAAGGAAUAUCCUGGGGGUCCUCAGGAGCUGGACAAAAGUAUCCGAGGGGGUGAACUCUUCCUCACCAUUCUCCUGAAUCCCAUCAGCAUAUUCAUGACCCAUUUGUCUAAUUACGGGAACGACCGUCUGGGCUUGUACACCUUCGCAAACCUGGCCAACUUUGUUAAGAGCUCAACUAACCUGAAGCUGCAGACGCUUCCCCCAGUUCAGCUGGCUCAGAAGUACUUUGAGCUCUUCCCAGAGCAGAUGGACCCUCUUUGGCAGAAUCCAUGUGAUGAUAAACGACACAGGGAUAUUUGGUCCAGAGACAAAACUUGUGACCACCUACCCAAAUUUCUGGUGAUAGGACCCCAGAAAACAGGAACAACAGCGCUUUAUUUAUUUCUUCUGAUGCAUCCUUCCAUCAUCAGUAACCUCCCUAGCCCAAAAACUUUUGAAGAAGUCCAGUUCUUCAAUGGAAACAACUACCACAAGGGAAUCGACUGGUACAUGGAUUUCUUCCCCACUCCUUCCAACAUCACCACCGACCUACUCUUUGAGAAAAGUGCCAACUACUUCCACUCUGAGGAAGCCCCGAAGCGAGCUGCUUCCCUCAUCCCCAAGGCCAAGAUCAUCACCAUCCUCAUUGACCCAUCUGAUCGGGCGUAUUCCUGGUACCAGCAUCAGCGAUCCCAUGAGGACCCCACUGCCCUGAAAUUCAAUUUUUAUGAAGUCAUUACAUCCAGCCACUGGGCGCCCUCGGAGAUAAGGACGCUCCAGAAGAGAUGCCUGACACCGGGAUGGUAUGCUGUCCAUAUUGAAAGAUGGUUAACUCAUUACCCUGCUUCACAGUUGCUUAUUAUUGAUGGACAGCAGCUAAGAAGUGACCCAGCUACUGUGAUGGAUGAAGUGCAGAAGUUUCUUGGAGUCUCUCCUCACUAUAAUUACUCUGAAGCUCUAACGUUUGACCCUCAGAAAGGAUUUUGGUGCCAGUUAUUGGAAGGGGGGAGAACGAAGUGCCUGGGAAAAAGCAAAGGUCGAAAAUACCCACCAAUGGACCAAGAGUCUCGAGCGUUUCUAUCAAGCUACUACAGAGACCACAACGUGGAGUUGUCCAAGCUGCUGCACAGGCUAGGGCAGCCCCUGCCCUCCUGGCUGAGACAGGAGCUGCAGAAGGUCAGGUAGCAGGCAAGGGCGGGGGACCCAAAAAAGGACUAUUUCCUUCACCGUCAAACCCCUUGCUUCUCCGACUCACUUGUGAUCGUCAGUAGAGGACCUCAUGAACAACACUCUUUCUAUUAAAAAAAAAAAAGAAAAUGAACACAGAAGAAUAAAAAAACCCAAACCCAACAACUGUUUAUAUGCACGCACUGACAGUUAUUAGCAUCGGCCCUUUUUGUCAGCUUCCAGGAAAUAAUAUGGAGCUACGUGGCAUUACUCUUUAUCCAGAUCAGGAUUCGUGCAUAGCCUAGUUCCUCUGUUCACCAGGAAGUACCAGAAACUGUGUGUAGGACGGAUUGACUUCAGCGUACAUGACAAAUUGCAGUCUGUCAGGACACAAGCAAAGGAUGGGAACAUCUCUCGCUGGACUGUGAGUUCAUCCUUUUAGCGUGACUGCAAAAGCGUGGACCUGUCUACGGAUUCGAUUCCUCCAUCACUAUCCUAUCUAGAAAAGCUACCAAAAAUAAUUAAGGAUUUGAAAGCAACACAGAUUCUGAAAUGUUCAGCGCUCCAAUGACUGGAUAACUUUUAUAAGACUCAUUAUUAUUUCUGCAGUAUUUCAAAACAAAAGACAUCUCCUUGACAGAGCUGAGGAAAUACUUCACUGUCUUGCCCAAGCUCUUUUUUCUUUCUUUUUCUUUCCCCUCCUACAAGACGACAGCAAAUCCAGUCAGAAAAAACACUUGGUGUUGAAGAAAAAGGAAUCAAAAUAAAUUUUGAUCACUCAAAAUAUUUUUGCUGGGGGGUGGUGGUGAGGGAGGUCAAAGUCUGUAUUUGCUGGAAUUGUUUUAAAUAAUUGAUGUGCACAGACCUUAUUAUUUGUUCUUCUC